AUGCCUCCUAAGAGGCGAGGCUCAGGCAGAAAACGGCAGCGCUCGCCGACUGCCAGUCCCUCCCCGCGGCCUACGCGUGCAGCACGCAUCAGCAACGACGACCGAGUCGCUAGUCCGGUCCUUUCAGCCGACGAGCCCCAAGACAGUCCAGCUGGCACUGGCGAAGAAUGUGUGUAUGCACAAGACGACGGUCUCCACAGACUCUUAGAAAAGGUUAAGCAGGAAGCGGUAGCCCAAUAUAAGCGGAUCGAUGCUGAAAGGACGCCUGAUGAAGAGCCGACUGAAGAUAAGGUGCCCGGAGGCUAG